AAAUUACUGUACAUAAAUAUCCUCUCAGAUACCAGUAGUAAAGUAAGCUUGCAGUAAAUCCCAAAAUACAGUAGACUUGCACUAGUUGCUGAGUUGCAGUUGCUUAAGCAAGGUAGAUAAACUUUGCUUCUUUUCUUUUACUACUUUUUAGAAAACAUUUCACGGGAUAUCUGUGAAACAGAGAGAAGAUCAGAAGAAGAAGAAUAGAGAGAAAGGUAAAGAAGAAGAAAUCAAAGAAAAAUAUUAUGAGGAUUGAGAAGAAGAGUCUAAUAAUCUGCAUAGUUGUGGGUUUUUUAGGGCUUCUUGCAGCUGUUCUUGGUUUUGCUGCUGAAGGUAAAAGAAUCAAACUGUUAAUUGAAACGGUGACCUUAUCCCACCGCGAUUUUUCAACUGAUGGAAUGGUUCCAAAAUUAGUUAAGAUUAAAAAGGCUUCUCAAGUUAAUGAAAUUCAACCUGGUAUUUGUGCUUACCCAAGGAGUCCAGCUUAUGGGCUAGGGACAAGUGCAGCGGUUGCCCUUCUAGCUGCUCAAGUUAUUGUUAAUGUUGCAAGUGGUUGUAUUUGUUGCCGACGAAAUCCCUAUACUUCAACUACUCAUUGGACUCUUGCCCUUAUUUGCUUUAUUAUAUCCUGGUUCACCUUUGUCGUAGCAUUUCUCCUACUCCUCGGUGGCGCAGCCCUCAAUGAUCAACAAGGUGCUGAAAAUGCGUACUUUAGCUAUUACUAUUGCUAUGUUGUCAAGCCUGGUGUCUUUGCAGUGGCGGCUGUGUUAUGCCUUGCAAGUGCUACCCUUGGCAUCUUGUAUUAUCUAACCAUUUCAUCUGGAAAGGACAAUCUAUUUGGAAACCCUGCUGCUCCAAAUCAGAGUGGCAUUGCUAUGGGCCAACCUCAGGUUCCCCCUACUUCUCAUAAUCCCGUGUUCGUGCAUGAAGAUACUUAUGUAAGGCGACAAUUCACCUGAGUAGUUGAUGCGGAACUAGCACCUUUUUUUUUUUCUUCUUCUGAAUCAGCUAGCUGUCUUUUGACAGCCUGAAUUUUCCACGAGAAUGGUCAGUUUUUAGGGAUUUUCUGUUUUCCCUCUAUUUUGGGAAAUUUCUAGUGCCCCCCACCCCCCUUCAAAGAAUAUAUAGCUAGCUAUUGUAAAUACAUUUGGGGGUCUAUAUAAUGAUCGUCGAGCUCCCUCAUCCUAUCACUCGCAGCUGUUUAUAUAUUUGUAAAAGUUGCAGUUAGCUACAGUUUGUCACUCGUUGAUCAUCGUGAAUUUCUUUGGUAAUUCUCGAUGCUUGGGCUCUGUUCAUUUAUUAUUAAUUGGCCCUAGCAAAUAUUUU